AUGUUACUUACAUUUCUACUAGCGGUGACAUUUUUAUUAUCCGGCUAUCAAGUAUUUGCAUCUCCAGGUGACGACUUAUAUGCAUUUCUGGACUGUUUAUACCAAUGUGAACAAAUAACGUGUAACAAGAACCCUUACUAUAUUAUCCAAGAGGAGUAUGGUCAAGAAUUGCAAGAGCAAGGAAUAGAGUUGAAUUAUUAUAAUCCCACCUGGCAUUUCGAUGCGAUACCCUUGCCUUUAUAUUUGAGAUUACUUGGCUGGACAUGUGAGCUGAAUUGUGAUUACCAGUGCCAAAGAAUCAUCACUUACGAAAGAAGGAAGAACAACGAGGAGAUUUUUCAAUUCCAUGGUAAAUGGCCGUUCAAGAGAGUUUUUGGCAUUCAAGAAUUAUUCAGUGUUAUUAUGUCAAUUGGCAAUUUCUACGUUACUUUCCAAUAUGGGUUCAAAAAAAUUUUGGCAAUAUUGAGGAAUAAAAACUUACCUUAUGGACAAAAACAACAACAUGUUAACAUCUUUAUCAUAACUUUAGUCACGAUGUCAGCUUGGAUAGCAUCUGCUGUAUUUCAUACUCGGGAUUUCCCAGUAACGGAGCAUUUGGAUUACUAUUUAGCAGGGGCAACGAUUCUUUCGGGAUUCCAUGCAUUGGGAGCAAGAUUGUUUGAAUUAUAUCGACGAGAUAAAGCUUUUUGGCGUUGGUUCUUUUCGACAUUAUGUCUAGCAGCAUAUGCUUAUCACGUACAAAGACUAUACCGUGAUUGGUCAUAUACUUACAAUAUGAGAGCAAACAUAUUUAUUGGAUUUUGCCAAAAUCUCUUUUACUGUCUUGUUGUUUAUAAGUUAUACAGCAAGUACUAUAAUAUGGAGCAAAGUGAUGGGCAUUCUAUAAACUUGAAUCAUUUGUAUUAUAUCGAUUUCAAAAGGAUGAUAUUGCCUAGUUUCUAUUCAAGAAGUGCCAAAUUAUACACAUUGUAUCCAGCAAUGUUGUGCACUAUUGUACUUGUGGGCAUGACAUUGGAAAUUAUUGACUUUCCUCCAAUUUGUAAAGAUUUGGUUGACGCCCAUGGUUUAUGGCAUUUGGUGACUAUAGUACCAGUCUAUAUGGGAUGGUACGAUUGGUUGAUAUGGGACGUGAAUGAAAAUGUAUGGAACGAUAUACAAGAAGAGGAUAGAAAGAAAAAGGAGUAG